ACCCAUCCGAUUUCGAAUUUUCGAUCUUUGUUGACACCAACACCCCACCCCACUUCUUUGGAUCGGAUCGGCAUCACUCACUCAAAAUGCGUCGGCGGACUGCCUCCAUGCCUCCACCAACAUGUUUGCAGAGGCUUUAACAGUAGGUUCGUCCAGGCAUUGCAAUCAUGGCGCUUCGAUCCAAAGCUAUGCCGAAUGUUUUCUCCUACUAUCGGUGGAGACUGUGUAGUUUUGCGGCUCUCCUACUAGUAGUCCUUCCAGCUCAUCGAUGGCGUGCGUCGGCCUUUUCGCCAGGUCCUCCAUCACGACCAUUGACUCCCAGAAGCCUACGAGAACUCCAAAAGGGACGGAAAGAAGCAGCAUCAUUGAAACCACUUCCAAUCAGGCGCUACCCGCUGAAGACGGUCACCCUGAAAGAAGAUACCAUUCCGACCGAGAAUGCUGAGAGACAAUUAUCAUUUUUUGCGAGCAAAAAGGGACGCCAGUUUUGGAGAUGGAUAGCAUCACACAGCAGAAAGAGAAGGAUCAGAUUGGCUAUACUGACCUUUCUUCUCGUGUGUCUUGGAAAGGGUCCAUCGGCAGUUGCUGCUGGUAUCGCUACCAAGAGUUCUUAUGCAGUCGCCACCCCUCCAGCCACCUUGGGCUACCGUGAAGUACUCUCGGCAUCUGCUCUGAUUGCCAUGAUUGGAGGUCUUGGACUGUCCCGAUUGGGACUACCGGGUCUAUCAAGACAACUACUGAUUGCCUGUACUCGCUGUACUCUACAGCUUCAAUUGUUGGGAGGAUUGUUCCUCCAGUGGCUGCUCCCCACCUCUCAGCCAUGGUUGAUUGUAGCCUGGAUUCUCACUGUUGGCACUAUUGCGGCACAAGAAGCUUAUGGACGCUUGGAAUACUCGUAUCCACAAUUACGAACUCAUUUGACAUGUUCCGUGCUCCUCGGAGGUAUUUCUGUUCUCUCGUUUGCCAUGGGACUCCGACUCUUUGGAAGACUGCAACCAUGGUACAAACCACAAACACUGAUUCCCGUCGCAGGAAUGCUUUUUGGGAAUACACUGUCGGCAGUCACACUUGCGGCAUCGGGUCUCACGAGUUCCUUUGUCACCAAUCAAGCACAAGUGGAACUGUUACUGACAAGAGGGGCUACCUACGAAGAGGCCAUCCUUCCCUUGACUCGAGAAAGCAUUGAAACGGCGUUGACUCCCACCGUAAACGCCUUAUCUAUCACGGGCAUUGUCCAUUUACCAGGAAUGAUGACGGGCCAGAUCUUGGCCGGACAAUCGCCCCGACAAGCAGCCGUGUAUCAAACUGUCAUUUGGUUUCUGAUUGCAUCCGUGGCGGCGGCAACAGUGCAACUAUUGACGAGCUUGGUGCUUGGAACUCUAGUGGAUAAACGACAACAUCGACUUCAAAUCGAAGACCUGAUGGAUACGAAGCAACGGGCCAAAAAGGAGAAGGACGAAAGAGCAAUGGACAAAGAAAUAAUGAACGACAAUCUCGAGGACGAUGACGACGCUGAGGUUCUUCCCACCAAGGUCUCUCCAGUGUCUUUGCCAAACAAAGUCGACAUCAACAACACUCAAACCAAAAGCUUCCAAAGAUACAGUUUGGCACCGGCUCUUCGAAUACACAAGCUCGUUGUACACAGGGCCAAUGUCCAGGUUUCUCUGGAUUUGUAUCCCGGCGAUAGACUGGGGAUAACGGGGCCAUCUGGAAUUGGAAAGACGCAGAUACUACGCACCAUCGUAGGCUUGGAACCGCUCAUUCAAACCAUAGAAGAAUCUACUACCAACACUAAAGAGGAAAGUGAUGAUCCGCUCAUCGACAACAGGACAGCCCCUCAACAACAUGUCAUGUGCCUUCAUGGUGUGCCUGUGACAAGCUUCACCGUGCCAGAAUGGCGUACCAGAGUUUGUCUGGUAUCGCAAGAUCGUCCCGCCGUUACCGGGACGCCACGAGAGUUUUUUGAGAAUCUUCAACAGUUUCAAUACCAAUUUCAGAAGCAGAACCCUUCUUUCAACAAAUUCUCGAGCGCCUUUGCAAUUCCCAAAAUCAAAGUUGGCAAGACACCCUUCCAAAUUGCCCGCCAGGAGUGGAGACUUCCUGAAUCCGCAUUCGAUCGACCUUGGUCUACCUUGUCGGGGGGCGAAGCACAACGAGCAUCCUUGGCUAUAGCUUUGGCCCUGGAGCCUGACGUUCUAAUCAUGGACGAAUCUUGCAGUGCCAUUGACAUUGGCAACACGUUGCUUGUAGAACGAACGUUGGAGAACUUGCAGAUUCCAAUCAUUAUGGUCACCCAUGACAAUGGUCAGCUCAGACGAUUUUGCACGCACUCGAUGGAACUCCCCUCAAGAUAGCCAGUGCAGUAGCUAGCUAGACAUUGCUGUCCAGUACAGCAUAACGUACAGCUGUUACGAAGUUCGUCAGCAGGCAGAUGCCCAGCUUUUCAAAGGCCUACACUCCUGGUACUUUUAGGGGUUCGUUCGAGGAUACCGGUAGAACGAAACAGUGGGCAGGAGGGUUAGUUGGGCGUCCAGCACAGAAUCAGUAGGGCUGAAUUGAAUUGAAUUGAAUGAAAAUUGGUUGCACCACUGUUCUCCAUUUAUGGCCACUUUCGCUCGUCCUUCCCACCACUGAUUUGUGGCCUGACUGCAGCCUGCGUGGGUUGGGCUGGACUGGGCGCAAGCAACAAACUGGAAUAGUUCUUGUGAACACCAGCCAUGUAGGUUGACCCGUGGCCGGGCGUGGUGGAUAUCCAAGCGACCGUACGAAAGGCGAAGGACUGUGAGCCUGAUGUUUGAUUGACCGACAGCAGUCUUUGUUCAGAAUUUUUGAUUCACGUACUGUAGCCAACUUUGCUUGCUUCAUCAUGCAGCCAGCCAGUCCCAGCCACCUCCCAAACCGUCCGCAGCUGAACAACCCGCGCUUAUUUCGCUCGUCGUUGUUGCUUUAUCAAUUGCCGAUCGUGCGCAAAACAGCAGAGACCGUUGUGUGGCGACUGACUCUCCACCCAGUGGUACCGGUACCGGUACUGUAUAACUAAAAUACAACGGUAGUCACAUGGUCGAGGGUAUCAGUCUUUGGGGGAUCGCACUGGUUGGUGGGACUUACCCUGUAGUCAUAGCAGCCAGUUCGCCCCUACUUAGGCUUAAGUAUGGGUAUCCUUUAUUGGGGUAUGGUACUGCAAUAAGACUUUUGAGAGUAUUUCGCGGGGAAAACCAGCAUUUGAGG